UCCUUUGCAGCCUGUUCAGGAAGAUGAUGGGAGUGGAAUGGCCCAGGAUGCCUUCUAUCUUCAAUCACUUAUUAUUGAUGCAUUCCAUGGAAAAGGAUUUCAGAAAAUAAAAGAAUAUUUUCAACAGAAAGCAAGCCACAUUCCUCAAAAAUAUGAUCAUCUUGUAUUAUACCAUCUUGACAAAUCAAUAAAUAAGGGACUGGACAAAAGUGAAUUUCUGUAUGUUUCACUGUUGCUGAAAUGUAUUCAGCGGUUCUUCAUUGAUGGCCUCAAAGAAGAUGAGCCUUUGUUAAUUCAGCAGGGACUGAUCCCAAAGAUGGUUACCUGGUUUGAAAGAACAGUAGGAUUUCUGACCAUGGAAGAUCUCGCUUCAGACACAUCCCUGAUGAAUGUUACAGAGGACUUCUUUGAUGCAGCACUGAUUAUUUCCAGGAGGAGUAGUAAAGGGAAAAUUCAGAUGUUGGGUUCCUUCAUGUUUACCUUAGGAUUUCUGGUGACAGAAAAGAUGGUAAAUCGUUUGAUUCAACAAGAGGCUUUGAAGACUUUGAACAGCCUUUUGCGUGCUGUACCUCGGGAGGAGAGAAAACAACUCCCCUCGUCAGAAGGAGUGUGUCAGCUUAUGAAAGAUCUCUCAAGGACAAUUUUGACUGUGGGUGAUUAUGGUCAGCAGGUUGCUCUUUCUGAAGCAUUGUGCAGACUGACAACUAAAACAUCAAGAGAUGACCUUGUCCAUCAGUGGUUUGAAGAUGACGUUAUUGCUGAAGCUUUCAAAAAAAUUAAGGAUCAAGAAUUUGAGACGGACAGUAGACUGUUUCUUAAUUACCUGAACAACAGACUCGGUGACCAAAGAAGGGUCUAUUCAUUUCCAUGUAUUGCUGCUUUUGCUGAUGGGCAUGAGAUGAGAAAACCAGCAGAUGAAAAAUUAGAGAAAUUUUGGAUUGAUUUCAACCUAGGAAGUCAGAGUGUAACUUUUUAUAUAAAUAGUACUGAGAGUGCUUUGUGGGACUCAGUAAUACUUUUGAAGGAAGAAGUGAUUAAUUUCAGCAUAAUAGAGACUGAAAAGAAGAUAUUUAUCAUUUACCUGAAGCCUAUUAAUAUCAGAAACCAAGAAGUGAGGAAAAUAGAAAUCCAUUUUGAUUUGCAAUUCAACAUAUCACAAGCUUCCAUUAAAGCUUUAGGAGAAGACAAACAGAUGUUGCCUAUCCAGACAGAAAUCUCCUCAGAACUUGUUGAUAAGUUUAAUAAAGAAGACACUGAGAUUCCUAUCAACCAUGAAAGAGAGACAGAUCAGGCAGAAGAAUCCACUGAGCUGGCAGAGUUAAGGCGUGCUGAAGUUGACAACUGCCUGACAACUCCACCCUUAAAUGACCAGUCUGAGCUUGCUGUGAGUACGGGGAGCUGGAAACAAGAUUCUGAACUCUGUCCACUGGGUGGAAGCUGCCUCUUCUGGCAUGUAGUCCAUUUUCUCUCGGCCAACCAUCUGUCUCUUUUUGACCAUCCCUUCAAGUUCAGUUACAGGAAACACCUCUUCUCGGAGAGCAAUCAAGAUUCAAGUUCUAGUAGCACUGCACUAUCUUGGACCAAUGACCAAGAUAGGAAAUCCUUAAAACCAUAUCCUGGUAGAAGAAAGACAAGAACUAGAAGUAGCUUAAAAAUCUUGCCACUUUCCCCUCCCAGUCUGGGCAGUGACCAUGAGAAAGACCAAGCUAAACUUCUAACACCAUUGUGGAAAGAUACCUCCAGGCAAAAUAAUGCCAUGCCUCCAAUUUCUGGAACAAAAUUUAAGGGUAGUUCUGCCCUUUUAACUCCCGAAGUUUCUGCCCAGAAAACAGAACUUCAAAGUCCCCAUCCACUGAGCAGUCUUUCUUCAUUGGAGCACUCAGAAGCUGAAGAAAAUUUACCUAAGACUGUGAACCAAGAGCUAUUGAUGAAAAGUGCUAACCUCAAACAUAAACUUGAAAAUCUGGAAGACAGAGACACAUCAGAUGGCAGUUUUGCUAAGUGGAAACAGUCAAAAUUGAAAGAAGAUGAUGCUCCAGGAUCCAUUUCCUCAGUGACAGAAGAAACAGACUUGUCAGAAGGCAUUUCUCCUCCACCCCUGGUAGCUGUGCCAGAGAACUUGAAUAGUUCUGCUGUUAUCACAACCUUUGAAAACUUCACUAGAGAACUGAAAAGAAAAUACGAGCUUAGGUACAGGAGGAGUACACUUUAUUCAAAAUAUGCAAAGCAAGCACCGAGUUGCCUAAUAAAAUUUUUAAACCAGAUACAUCACUGCAGACUGAAUAAACUAGAGCAGUUUCACAAUUUUGUUCUUCAAGAGCUGACCAAUCUUGAGAAGGAUUUUCAGGCUCUGAAACACCUUGAGAAAGAUGUUCUGGAAUUUCUGGGGAAACAGGCUGAUGAUCUGAAGUCAUUCUGUGACCUACAGAUGAUUAGGCUUAAUGCAAUCCAGCCUUCCUGAGGAAUGCCAAAGACCAGUUUUAUUACUGCAUCCCUGGGAUGUCUAUGCAAUCCAAGUUUUGAUGAGAGCCUGGAAUAAUGGACACUUUUCCAGGAAAAUGUAAUUUAACUAAAGAGGCUCCUGAAUACAUGGAAUAACUAGCAAAUAUUCAUAAAAGAAAUAAAGUUGAUAAAGAAGUACCCUACAAAUGUGUAUAGUCCA